AUGGCCUACGACUGCUACGUUGCCAUCUGCAAGCCCCUGCACUACGGGAGCCUCGUGGGCAGCAGAGCUUGCACCCAGAUGGCAGCAGCUGCCUGGGGCAGUGGCUUUCUCAAUGCUGUCCUGUACAUGGCCACUACAUUUUCCCUGCCCCUCUGCCAAGGCAAUGCUGUGGACCAGUUCUUCUGUGAGAUCCCCCAGAUCCUCAAGCUCUCCUGCUCAGAUGCCUACCUCAGGGAAGUUGGGGCACUUGUGUGUAGUGUUUCUUUAGCCUUUGGCUGUUUUGUUUUCAUUGUUUUCUCCUAUAUUCAGAUUUUCAGGGCCGUGCUGAGGAUGCCCUCUGAGCAGGGGCGGCACAAAGCCUUUUCCACGUGCCUCCCUCACCUGGCUGUGGUCUCCCUGUUUAUCAGCACUGCCAUAUUUGCCUACCUGAAGCCCCCCUCCAUCUCCUCGCCAUCUUUGGAUCUUAUUGUGGCAGUUCUCUACUCAGUUGUUCCUUCAUCAGUGAACCCCCUCACCUACAGCAUGAGGAACCAGGAGCUCAGGGAUGCACUAAGGAAACUCUAUGGAUACAUGCUUCUUCGGAAUCAAUAA